AUGAACUGUCAAAACAAAAACAAUAAUACCUGUUAAUUCUUGUAAAAUUUUUCUUUUUGUUACACCAGUUCUAAUAAUCAUAACUAUUGGUUAAUUUAAACGAAUAGUAUAAGGAUAAUACUAUGUGAAUUAUGUGCUCAAAUCUUGUUUACCUGAACUGAAAGUGAAACAGCAAAGUUGGGCGGCAAACUUUUGUUUAUUUACAUUGUAUGCCGCAUAAUGUCUUCACCAAUCGACAUUUCUGAUGAUACAGUCUACAUUUCUGACGAUGACGAGAGUUUCGACCAAGAGGCGUCGCAAAGAAAACCCAAACGCUACGGCCAAAUAUAUAUCACCGAUGACGAAGAUGAGGAACCUGAAACGUCUGUACAUGAAAAAAACAAUCGGCAGGCGGUCUUAAAAAACUUAUUUCCAAAUAUUAAACAUGAUAAUUCUACUGAUGACGAAGAAGAGGAACCUACGAUAUCUGUAACUAAAAAAAAUAAUAGACAGAUGCUAAUAAAAAACCUGUUUCCAAAUUUAAAAGAUACUUAUGACACAGUAGCUGAUCUAGUUACUCCAGUCACUAAACAGUUUGAACAUGUGAUGAUGAUUGGUGGCGUUAGUGUUGUUCUGCCGGUUAAACCAUAUGGCUGUCAGAUUGCGGUGAUGUCUAAAGUAAUAACAGCAAUAAAGGAUAAGAAGCACUGUCUACUGGAGAGUCCAACGGGCACUGGGAAAACACUGGCCCUGCUGUGUGCUGCGCUUGCUUGGCAGAAGAAAGAACGUGAUGUCAUCAGCGAAGGCCAGGCCAAACAGUCCAUGGCCCAGUAUCCUGAACUGAACAAGCUGGAAGGAGCCGCCGAGUACAUUGCGAGUCCAAAAAAGAUCGAAAUUGAAUCAGCAGAAACCUUCUUCAUGAAGAGAGUGCACGGUGACAGGAGCAUUUAUGAUUCACCUCAGAAACAAAAUAUAAACACCAGUAUGAACAAGAGGAAUGAACCUGAUAGUGAUUCCAUCUAUGGUUCACCAGAAGACGGUUUGGUGACGCUGCAAAAGAAAGUUCGAUACAACACUCCGCCUACUCAAAAAACUCCUGAAAUGCCGUCUACUCCAGAAAAAUGGAAAUUGCCAGAAGAAGUGACUCCAGAAAAAGUGAGAAAUCUUUACACGCUGGUGGAGAACCUUCGCGUCAAGGCGUCCAUGUUUGUUGGUUCCAGCGUACCCAUCAUCUACUACGGCGCACGGACCCACAAGCAGAUCCAGCAGGUCGUCAGCGAGUUUGGUAGAACGGUAUACUGCGAGCAAGCGCAGAUGUCCCUUCUGUCGUCUAGAGAGCACAGUUGCCUCCGAGAGUACGAUAGGAGUCAGUGGCCGACGAAGAAUGACAUGUGCUCUUCGUGUAUCAAGCCGCUAUCUGCUGCAGACAAGAUCGCAAAGAAUCAGGACACCAACUGCAAGUUCUACGACAACCGCAAAGCUUUAAACUGCAAAGCGCUCCCCCGUGCGUUUGAUCUCAAGAAACUGGUGGAGAUUGGGGAACGCAUAGUCGCGUGCCCUUACUAUGCUACCAGGGAGAUGGGCAAAGUGGCUAACAUAGUGUUCUGUCCUUACAACUACCUGAUCGAACCAACUAUAAGGAAAAAUAUGUCAAUCGAUUUGAAAGACAACGUCGUGAUCAUAGACGAGGGCCACAACAUCGAGGACAUCUGCCGAGACGCUGCCUCGUUCAGCUUUAACAGAGACCAAGUCAAUAAUGCUAUUAAGGAGCUCGAAAUUUUAACCACGUUCCGGUACGCCGUUACCACUAUGAUGACAUACAUCAUGAAUUUACUCAGUGCUUUGAAACAGUGGGACCUGUGGUUUGCAAACCAUAAUCGAUUGGUAGACGAGCAGCCCGUAAAUGGAAUGGAGGCGACGUACACGUGGAAGGUGGAGGACUUUGUGAAGACGCUAAAUACUCAUAACAUCGGCGAGGCGCAAUACGGUGUGUUCAACAUGUCGGCGGAGAUCUUCUGCCGCAAGUUCCGCGAGGACCAGCGCACUCUGGUGGGCGUCACUCAGACUACUAGCACGCUCGUGGAGUCACUCGACACCGUGCUUGGAUAUCUAUUUCGCUGCUCGGGGAUAUACCUGGACGACUUCAAGCCGGUUCUCGUCGCUAAACUCAAAUCUGAAGUGAGAGGUCCAAAUGCGUGGCGAACCUCGCAGUUUAACAAAGUAGCGGAAAAGGAACCCGUGACCCUACGCUUGAUCUGCAUGAACCCGGCGGUGGUGUUCGCCGGGCUGCACCCCGCGCGCUGCAUCAUCCUCGCCUCGGGCACCCUCACGCCCAAGAUCAGCAUGCAGUCCGAGCUGGCCACCGACUUCCCGCUGCAAAUCAGCCCCAAACACAUCAUUCCCAGCGACAGGGUGUGGAUAGGCUCGCUGUACAGUUGUCCGGACGGCAGCCGGCUGGACUGCACCAGCAACGGCACCAAGCAGACGGCGGUGCAGGACGCGCUGGGCGAGGCCGUGCUCAGCGUGUGCCGCGUCACCCCGCACGGCGUGCUGUGCUUCUUCCCCUCCUACCAGCGCAUGAACUCGUUCAUUCAGCGAUGGAAACAAAUCGGUUUGUGGGGACGAGUGGAAGGAACAAAAAAUAUAUUUAUAGAAAGUAACGACGCCAAAGACCACGAGAUCAAUAUGGAGGACUACUACGAGUGCGUGGGAACUGGCAUGGGUGCGCUGCUGUGUGCGGUGUACCGCGGGAAGGUGGCCGAGGGGAUGGACUUCAAGGACCGCCAGGCGCGGGCUGUCAUCACUAUCGGAGUGCCAUUCCCGAGCAAGUUCGACAUAGCGGUGUCAGAGAAGAUGAAGUUCAACGACAAAUACUUGAAGAAGAGGAACCUUCUGUCCGGCGACGAGUGGUACCGCGUGCAGGCGUACCGGGCACUGAACCAAGCGGUGGGGCGCUGCGUGCGACACGUGGGCGACUGGGGCGCCGUGCUUCUGCUGGACGCGCGCUUCCGCGAGCCCCACUACACGCAGCACCUGUCCGCCUGGGUCAAGGAAUAUCUGGGAUGCAAUCACCACACCUUGGCAAGUCUAGUCAACGGCUCGAAUAGUUUAAAAUCCUUCAUGGAAGAAAUGACGAGGCGAGAGAAUCAGUAGUGUGUUAAGAAACUUUAUCGUGAUAUGUUAUUUUUAUUUAAGAAAAGAGUGAACAAGUCUUGAAGUUCACGUGGGAGUCAUUUAAACGGGAGGACUUGAAUUUUUAAACUAAAAAGUUAUUUUACAGCUGGUCUGAAAUGUUCAAAAGAUUUGGUGCCAUAUUUUUAUCACACUUACUUUUAGCUAAAGUACUAGUAGUAAGUACUGAGCUAAAGAUAGAGAAAUUCAAUUCAUUCCUGUCAAAUACACAUACAAUAUUGUAGUAGCGAUUUUUUAUAACUCGACAAAGUUAGUUUAGAAUUAUCCAUCUGUUUUUAACCGACUUGACACAUCGUUAUAGAACAACGAUGCAGGAUCAUCGAUCUCCUAUUAAAAAGUGGAUGCACAAUCAGCGACCAAAAAACGUUUCCACUCAAUGAGUGCCAAACACAACUUCUUGGCACUCAAUUCAAGUAGUCGCAUUUGCAAAUUCAACCUUAAACUCAAUUUGCUCUGCUCUGAAUUUGGGAUUUUAUUGAAUAUUGGACUAUUGGACUAUAUAUAAAGGCCUAACACUGUCAAAGCAAAAUUGGCCAGUUUUUAAGUUAAAUUUUCUACGUGCUUGUGCAUCCUUUUAUUAUAAUAGGUCAAUGUGCAGGAAUGAAUUUCACACCCCAAGCCUUAUAGUACAGUGCGCACACGAUAAGUUUGCGCGUGGCCAAAAUCAAGAACUAAUCAAAUGCCGCCAUCUUGUCGUCUAUCUCUAUCUAUCUCUAUGCGGGUAAAAGAGAUUGCGGUAAAACUGGCAUCAAGAGCGCCAGUCGCGAGCAGACUUAUCUUGCGCGCACUCUACCUUAGUUACUUAAUGUUCUUUUUCUUACAGGACACUGUUUUUAAAGCUAGUGAUACGCUAACAUGCAGUCUAUGUGGGGCGUGCUUUUCUAGAAAAUGGUUAUUCACUCUUGACUUGGGAAUAUACAUAAAUAUGGUAGGAAAAUCUAAAAAUGUUUUUCUCAAUAAAUAAGAUAAGUCAUAAUAUGAUAAAGACAUUAACAAUUAUCAUUUUCGAUAUGUUUCUCACAUAAAUGUGACCUUCAAGUCAAGAAGAUUAGGCACCUAUAUUAAAAUGCAAUAUGGCGUGCAUAUUAAAAUAAUAUAGCUGCUGUUUUUUCAUUCAAUCGAAUUUAAAUUGUGAUGUUUUGUUUUAGUGUGAUAUUAUUUUUUAAUUUAAAAUUGUUAGUUGGAAUAAAAUUUUACUAAUUCAAUAUAAGUAUGUAUUACCACACAAGGUUAGCCGUCUACUUAAGUGAUUAUUUUUAAAAUGAAAAUUUUUAGACACCCUUUUUUUAUGGAUACUCUAUUUUAAUAAUUAUAAUUCAUAUACAUAUUUUAUGAAAGAAAAAACGGUUUUUUAAUGGUCUAAAUUCCAGAGAACACUGUUCAAAAUACUGUUGGGUUAAUUUUGUGAGCUUUUUUAUUACACAGCUGUUUUUUUUUCUGUCAUAUAUUAACUUCAGUGAAAACUACUCGAAGUUAUUGUCAAUGCAUUUAAAUAACGUACUUAAACUAAAAAGAACCAUCCUAGAAAUGUACAAAAAAUGUUGAUUGACACUCACAAGAUUUUUUGUAUGUCCGUUUCGAAAGUGUUUAUAUAAAUCAUGUGACGAUAAAUAAAAGAUGUUUGUUUUU